AUGAUUUCCCAACUCAGUCACCUCGUACUCUUCUCGCCUGUAUUUGAAAGAACCACUUUUGUGCAGAACCCAUCUUCUGUUUCGCUUAAAUUCCAAUGCUUUUGCAGUUCUAGACUUACCCAUCACUCGAAGGUCUCUGUCAUCGAGUCUGCACAAUCGCCCAAUUCUCCUUUUGCUAACCGGGUUUCUCGAAAUGCUAGAACUGAGGCUCAGGCAACCCUUUUUGAUUACCUGCAUUGCACUCGAAGCUUCAGCUUCACGGAUGCAGAGCAUAUUAGCAAAAACUCCCCAAUUUUUCUUCAAAAUUUGCUCUCCAACAUUGAUACCGAGAAAGAUGUUGCACGUUCUUUAACCCGAUUUCUUCGCUACAAUCCCAUUAAUGAGUUUGAACCGUUCUUUGAGAGCUUGGGUUUGAGUCCAUCUGAGCUCCUAUCGUUUCUGCCACGGCACUUGAUGUAUCUGAGUGAUGAUUGUGUGCUGACUGAUAACGUUCAUGCUUUAUGUAAUUAUGGAAUCCCCCGUAGUAACAUCGGUAAGAUGUAUAAGGAGGCAAAGGAGAUAUUUGGAUAUGACUAUGGAGUGUUGGCUCUAAAACUUCAAGCUUAUGAAAAUUUGGGGAUAAGCAAAGCAACAGUUAUUAAGCUUGUUAGUUGUUGCCCGUUGCUUUUGGUUGGGGGUGUUAAUAGUGACUUUGUCAAGGUUCAUGAAAAAUUGAAGCGUUUAGGCCGUGGAAUGGAUUGGAUUGGAGGGUAUGCAUCAGGUAACAGCACAUACAACUGGGACAGAAUGUUUGAUACAACGGAUUUUCUUGAUAAAGUGGGUUAUACGGAGGAGCAAAUGUGUGCAUUGUUUGAAUUAAAUCCUGCAUUACUAUUAGAAGGGUCUGGAAAGAAUGUGUAUGUAUUGUUUGGCCGGUUACUCAAACUGGGUCUGGAGAUGAAUGAGGUUUAUUCACUUUUUUUGCAAAAUCCACAGGUCUUGUCAGUUAAGUGCAUGAAAAAUCUCUUGCUGGCAGUAGAUUUUCUGUUUGAGAUUGGAAUGGGAACAGAAGAGAUGGCAGACAUUGUAGCCAAUGACAUGGAAUUUCUGAGUUCAUCUAGUUUUAAAAGACCCAAAACUGUUUGUAAAGACUUAAAAGUCAAGAGAGAUGGCCUGCUCCAAAUGAUAAAGGAAGAUCCACACAAGGUGUUGACAUUGGCUUCAAAGUCCAAAGGUAAAAAUCAAUUAAUAUCCCCACUCCCCAGUAAACAUCUGGAGAAAACGUCAUUCUUGGUGAGAUUGGGAUAUAUCGAAAACUCAGAUGAGAUGAUGAAAGCUUUGAAAAAAUUCAGAGGUAGAGGAGACCAAUUACAAGAGAGGUUUGAUUGCCUCGUACAAGCUGGCUUGGACUGCAACGUGGUGUCAAACAUGGUUAAACAAGCUCCUCAUGUUCUUAAUCAGAGCAAAGAUGUGAUUGAAAUGAAGAUCAGUUGCUUAACAAACUGUUUACGUUAUCCACUGGAUUCUGUGGUGGCAUUCCCAGCAUACUUAUGUUACGAUAUGGACAGGAUUAAUCUUAGAUUCUCAAUGUAUGCGUGGCUAAGGGAGAAAGGUGCAGCAAAGCCUAUGUUGUCCUUGAGCACUCUCCUUGCAUGUUCAGAUGCACGAUUUGUAAAAUAUUAUGUGGAUGUUCAUCCAGAAGGUCCAGCCAUGUGGGAAAGUUUUAAAAUGCAAAAGAGCUAA